AUGACUGCCAAAUCGGUGACCACGAUUGCCACGCUCUUCGCGGACCCAACCAAUACAACAGCUGCAUCGAAUGAUAGCACGGCCUUUGCUCUCAAACUCGACGACGGCACCGUUCAGACGCUCUCCAAGCAAAAUGCCCCGGACAAAGGCCCGAUCGAGGGAAUUCUCUUUGUCCCCAGUCUCAGUGCUCAAAGCCCGUGCAACAGCGCUACCGCUCCGUUUGUCCCGGCUAAUGUCACCCGCAUCGAGAGCGCCACACCAUUUGGAGACCGUGUGAUCGGGCUGGCGCCCUGGGUAAACGCUGAAUGUGCACAGGAGUUUCUAAAUGCGUCGCAGCAGGUCCGGACGGACGCGCUGCUCUUCUUCUUGCCGUCCAACGACGACACAAAGCCGCCGUCGGCAAAUGACCCGACGUGGCGACUCGGGGGCAGCGAUGGCUGGCAAGCGCGGAACGAAUAUCCGGUGUACGCAAUCCCUGGGGCAGCGGGUGUCACCCUGAUGGACCGGCUGUCACGGGAUGGCAACCUGGGCAAUCCUAAUGACCAGAUGAACCAGAAAAGCGGGAGUAAGAAGAUGGCCAGUAUCUGGGGGUUCAUCCUCGCCAUCAUCGGCACGAUCCUCGUCCUCACCAUCAUCCUCCUCCUGUUCUACCAGCUAGUGCACAAGAGACAGCGGCGGGAACUGCAGCGGCGCAUCGAGGCCGGUGAAGCCGAUCUCGAACACAUGGGCAUGCACCAGAUCCGGGUUCCGCACGAGUUUCUGAACUCCAUCCCCAUUUACAUCUACACAGGCCUGGGGGCCAGUCACAGUGAAGGCCGAAAAGACGACCCUGCGAAGUCUCGGGAGCACCUGGCGGAGAUCACAGAAGAGAGCGAAGAAGAGGCUGCAGAGAGUCCCAAGUCGCCCGCGGUCGAGGUCCGCGAGACAGCUGACGCACAGGAUAAAGAACCGGCCGACGGUGGCUCGGUCCGACGAUCGUCACAGUCCACGAUGGCGGGUCUGGACGAGGCCGCCUACCCCCGCCACAAGAACCGACUCAGUCGCUCACAGACGAUGUGCGCGAUCUGCCUCGACGACUUUGUGCCCGGGUCAUCGACCGUCCGCGAGCUGCCCUGCGGCCACAUCUUCCAUCCGAGCUGCAUCGACACGUCUCUGACGCAGAGCAGCAGUCUAUGCCCGCUUUGCAAGAAGAGCGUGCUCCCGACGGGGUGGAUGCCGUACCAGAUGGCCGACACGCUGGUGUCGCGGGAUAUGCCGGAGCCCGGCUCGCCCUCGCCCUCCAGAUGA